AUUAAAUUGAGUGUUUCCGUCGUGUUGGAAAACAUCUGUAAAAAUUUUCUCGUCAGCUGUUAGAAAUGGCUGUUGACCAAGGAACGGUGUAUUUGGUUAUGACGGCGACAAUAGGAGUAAUAAUGCUGUUGGUUUCGAUAUUCUGCAAGGACAACAAAAAAGAAAAACAGGAAAACCGUGAUGUAGGAAGACAGGCUGCGGCAGCAGCUCGGGCGAGAGAGGAACUACCCCCUGGAGCCAGGCGCAGAGCGAGACCGAGGCGCAACAGGAUGGACAACAGAGACGAGGGCUCAGAUGAAGAGGCCCUGCCAUUAGACACAGAUGACAUCAAUCCAUUCGAAGAUUUUGAAGGAGAAGGGAGAAAGAUUGGCAAAAAGAAAAUGUUAAAACUGCAAGCCAAGGAAGAGAAAAAACAGCAGAGACUGGCUGAAGAAGAAGAGCGGAAAGAGAGGAAAGAGCGUGAGGCUCUCCUAGAGAAACAGCGAAAGAAGGAGGAGGAAGCGAUGAAGGCGGAGGAGGCAGCGAGGGCAGAAGAGGAGCGAAUUCGUAAAGAGGAGGAGGAGAGGCGUGAACAGGAGGAGUACCUCAAACUGAAGGAGGCGUUCAGCAUUGAGGAGGAGGGAGAGGAGGAUGUGGGGCCAGACCUGAGCUCUCAGUCUCUGCUACAAGAGUUCAUUGAUUAUGUGAAGGAGAUGAAGGUUAUAAUGUUGGAGGACCUUGCAGCUCAUUUUAAAAUCAAGACACAGGAUGCGGUUGAUCGGGUAAAAGACCUGCAGGAGAACGGACAGUUGACGGGGGUCAUGGACGACCGAGGAAAGUUCAUCUACAUCACGGUGGAGGAGCUGGAAUCUGUGGCAAAGUUUAUCAAACAGCACGGACGAGUGUCCAUCACAGACCUAGCUGAGUCCAGUAAUCGGCUGAUCAAUCUAACGCCGGACAACACCGAGGUACAGAAAAGACUACUCAUGGAAGUCAGCGCGUAGAACGCUCAAAGUUAGGAGAGAUUUGAGGAAGGUGCCAUUGUGUUGAAAUGUCUGUUUGUCUGUCUGUGUGUCCGUACAAGCGGAUCCUCAGUUACACCACCAACUGUUUCUGGUUGACCAAUCGAUACAUCUUAGAUAAGUUGUUCCAGGCCUUUGUUCUUGGAUCUUAUGAAUGGAUUGUAUUCAUUGCUUAAAGAGGGAGGAAAAAAAUAUCUUCAUUCAUUGGACAAGUGGUUCUUAUAUUGUAUCGUCUUUAAUCUAGUGAAUUACAAAACCCAAAUAUGACUUGUUUUUUGUCAAUGUAAAUUUAAUAAAUGUUUAAUUUGUUACAAGGCAUAUGGAACAUUUUGCAACAUUUAGAUCUCUUUUAAAAUGAAAGUCGAUGGCAUCACUUCUUGCAUGCAGGGUAGCAAGAUUUGUUAUGAAAUAAGGGAUCAUCAAACUUAAACCCUUCAUGCCUUGUAUUCAGGAAAACUAGAAUUGUGCGCUAUGAUUUGGAUAUGGUUUAGGAGGAGCUUUCAGAUAGCAUGGCCAAGUUUGACAACAACAGUGAAAUGUUGAGAUAGAAUAAAAGGUUUUACCAAACUACCCUAGAUUAUAAUUGUGUGAAACAUAGUUACUAUUUAUUUUGGCGGAAUGAUUUUUUUGCAUACUAAUGUACGUGUAUAGUAUAUUGAUGAUGUAACACUGUACCUGUUAUACAUUAUAUAGUCACUGUACAUGUACAUAUGUAUUAGAACUGUUAAUGUGGUUCAAUAUGUACCACCGCUAUCAAAACACAACUCUAAUACACGGGAAGUUGUGUACCUAAUAUAAUUAAGGAGGCUGUAUGCUCACCAAAUUACCCAUCACCUAUUAUAUGUACCUUAAGCUUUUGGAUUUGAAUUUUAGCCAUAAAUUAUAUCAUUUAUUAUAGAAAAAUUUCAAAUGUUCUUGGGUAAAAGGGAAAGGACAUGCACGCACUUAGUGUGUGGAAUUAGACAUUAUUAUGAAGGAGGAGACACCGCUGUGUGAGUGGUUUUGUUUUUGUUUAUAUAUUCACUGCAAUAAUUAAACAUCUUGUUGACCUA